AUGGAUUACUUGGAAUUAUCCUGGCUGGAAAUUCCAGAUACCCAACAGGAAAAACUAUAUUCUCCUACGUUCCUGUGUGGCGUGUCCCAUAACCUGGGCAUUCAAGUUAAAGCUGAACCAUCCAGUCCAACCCUACAAAUGGACACUGCAGGUUAUUUCAGCCCUGGAGGAAUGUCUGACACCAGCAGCAGUUAUGGUCUCUCUGUAGGGGGUCAGUCACAAGGUCUGGACUCACCCACUGCCCUAUUAGGAUUUUCAGACUCAGGAGAAAAGCUGUUUGCAGACAGCCCCCCAUCUCUAGGUGAGGACCCAGCCAUUCAGUGUGUACUGAGGUCCAUCCCUAAAAGGCUUUGUCUCGUUUGCGGAGAUACUGCAUCUGGAUACCACUAUGGGGUUGCAUCUUGCGAAGCAUGCAAGGCGUUCUUCAAACGCACAAUACAAGGUAACAUCGAGUACAGCUGUCCUGUGGUGAACGACUGUGAAAUCACCAAGAGGCGGAGGAAAUCUUGUCAAGCCUGCCGCUUUCGCAAGUGCCUGAAAGUUGGAAUGAUGAAGGAAGGAGUGCGUCUGGACCGGGUACGAGGGGGGCGACAGAAGUACAGACGUCCAAUAGAGGUUGAAGCCCCAGACCCAUGCUCUUAUUUCACCUCUCAUCAUUCCCUUCCAGGGAAGAAAACAACAAACAAAGUGGUGUCGCACUUAGUUCUAGUGGAACCAGGAGAGAUUUUUGCUUCCCCUGACCCCAGUCUUCCAGAUAGCGACCUCCACACUUUGACCACUUUAUGUGAAAUUAUUAACAGGGAUCUCCUGAUCACCAUUGGCUGGGCCAAACAUGUUCCAGGUUUCUCUGUCCUUUCCUUGGUGGACCAGAUGGCCCUUCUGCAAAGCGCAUGGAUGGAGAUCCUAGUCUUGGGUAUUGUCUACCGGUCUUUGCCACUGAGCGAGGAGCUGGUGGUGGCAGAGAACUUCCUCCUGGACAGGGAGCAAUGUCGGAACACUGGACUUCUACACCUUCAUGCAGUUCUGCUCCAGCUAAUCAGGAAAUAUCGAAAAACCAAACUGGACAAGGAGGAGUUUGUGACUUUAAAGGCUAUGGCACUUGCAAACUCAGACUCCACCAACAUAGAGAAUGUGGAAGCUGUCUUGAGCCUACAAGACCAUCUUCAUGAGGCACUGCAGGACUAUGAGAAGGAACAUCACCCAGAGGACAAUCAUCGGACUGGGAAACUUCUCAUGACCCUGCCACUUCUUCGCCAGACAGCCAACGAGGCAGUUCGUACCUUCUGUCAGAUCCGACUAGAGGGCAAAAUCCCCAUGCACAAACUCUUCCUUGAGAUGCUAGAAGCAAAAAUGUGA